UCCGCCGCUGCGUCGUUUCGGGACUCGCACGGCGAAUUCGUGCUGCCUCCGCCGCCGCCGCGAGGCAGCCGGGGGGCAGGGAGCCGAGCGAGGGUCGCGCGUGGGCGCGGCCAUGGGACUGCGCCGGAUCCGGUGACAGCAGGGAGCAGAGCGGUCCGGGCCCUGAGCGCGUCUUCUCCGGGGGGCCUCGCCCUCCUGCUCGCGGGGCCCGGGCUCCUGCUGCCGUUGCUGGCGCUGCUGCUGGCUGUGGCGGCGGCCAGGAUCAUGUCGGGUCGCCGCUGUGCCGGCGGGGGAGCGGCCUGCGCGAGCGCGGCGGCCGAGGCCAUGGAGCCGGCCGCCCGAGAGCUGUUCGAGGCGUGCCGCAACGGAGACGUGGAACGAGUCAAGAGGCUGGUGACGCCUGAGAAGGUGAACAGCCGCGACACGGCGGGCAGGAAAUCCACCCCGCUGCACUUCGCCGCAGGUAACCGGGGCCAGCGUCCCCUCGCCUCGCUCCAGACUCCACCUGCGCAGCCGGGGCCCACAGGCCUGAAACCAGUGCUCCUCCGCCCCCCGACCUUUCUCCAGGACUCUGGUCCUGGUGAUCUCGCUCUCUUCCAGUGGGGACUAAGGAGAUUAGGGGUGGGGUGAGCGUGCCACACUCACUGGAAGUUUUUUGUUUUGUCUUGGUUUGGUUUCUUUUGCCAGGUGUUGGGGGUGGUUUGGGGUUUUGGCUUUGUUUUGUUUUACAGUAUCAACAAUACCUGUACCAACUUCCGGUCUUGUUACCCUGGAAGGCCUCUACACACCAGAAAGAGUAGGGGACGUAUUUGAUAGACCUUAUGAUUUAAAAGAUACUACUUUAACACUUCCUACCAAAUGGAGAUUUGUUCGCUUUAACCUGUUCCGGAUUUUAAAUGUAAAUACUACCAGGAGGUUUUGGGCGGAAAGACGUAGUUGAAUAUUUGCUUCAGAAUGGUGCAAAUGUCCAAGCACGUGAUGAUGGGGGCCUUAUUCCUCUUCAUAAUGCAUGCUCUUUUGGUCAUGCUGAAGUAGUCAAUCUCCUUUUGCGACAUGGUGCAGACCCCAAUGCUCGAGAUAAUUGGAAUUACACUCCUCUCCAUGAAGCUGCAAUUAAAGGAAAGAUUGAUGUUUGCAUUGUGCUGUUACAGCAUGGAGCUGAGCCAACCAUCCGAAAUACAGAUGGAAGGACAGCAUUGGAUUUAGCAGAUCCAUCUGCCAAAGCAGUGCUUACUGGUGAAUAUAAGAAAGAUGAACUUUUAGAAAGUGCCAGGAGUGGCAAUGAAGAAAAAAUGAUGGCUCUACUCACACCAUUAAAUGUCAACUGCCACGCAAGUGAUGGCAGAAAGUCAACUCCAUUGCAUUUGGCAGCAGGAUAUAACAGAGUAAAGAUUGUACAGCUGUUACUGCAACAUGGAGCUGAUGUCCACGCUAAAGAUAAAGGUGAUCUGGUACCAUUACACAAUGCCUGUUCUUAUGGUCAUUAUGAAGUAACUGAACUUUUGGUCAAGCAUGGUGCCUGUGUAAAUGCAAUGGACUUGUGGCAAUUCACUCCUCUUCAUGAGGCAGCUUCUAAGAACAGGGUUGAAGUAUGUUCUCUUCUCUUAAGUUAUGGUGCAGACCCAACACUGCUCAAUUGUCACAAUAAAAGUGCUAUAGACUUGGCUCCCACACCACAGUUAAAAGAAAGAUUAGCAUAUGAAUUUAAAGGCCACUCGUUGCUGCAAGCUGCACGAGAAGCUGAUGUUACUCGAAUCAAAAAACAUCUCUCUCUGGAAAUGGUGAAUUUCAAGCAUCCUCAAACACAUGAAACAGCAUUGCAUUGUGCUGCUGCAUCUCCAUAUCCCAAAAGAAAGCAAAUAUGUGAACUGUUGCUAAGAAAAGGAGCAAACAUCAAUGAAAAGACUAAAGAAUUCUUGACUCCUCUGCACGUGGCAUCUGAGAAAGCUCAUAAUGAUGUUGUUGAAGUAGUGGUGAAACAUGAAGCAAAGGUUAAUGCUCUGGAUAAUCUUGGUCAGACUUCUCUACACAGAGCUGCUUAUUGUGGUCAUCUACAAACCUGCCGCCUACUCCUGAGCUAUGGGUGUGAUCCUAACAUUAUAUCCCUUCAGGGCUUUACUGCUUUACAGAUGGGAAAUGAAAAUGUACAGCAACUCCUCCAAGAGGGUAUCUCAUUAGGUAAUUCAGAGGCAGACAGACAAUUGCUGGAAGCUGCAAAGGCUGGAGAUGUCGAAACUGUAAAAAAACUGUGUACUGUUCAGAGUGUCAACUGCAGAGACAUUGAAGGGCGUCAGUCUACACCACUUCAUUUUGCAGCUGGGUAUAACAGAGUGUCCGUGGUGGAAUAUCUGCUACAGCAUGGAGCUGAUGUGCAUGCUAAAGAUAAAGGAGGCCUUGUACCUUUGCAUAAUGCAUGUUCUUAUGGACAUUAUGAAGUUGCAGAACUUCUUGUUAAACAUGGAGCAGUAGUUAAUGUAGCUGAUUUAUGGAAAUUUACACCUUUACAUGAAGCAGCAGCAAAAGGAAAAUAUGAAAUUUGCAAACUUCUGCUCCAGCAUGGUGCAGACCCUACAAAAAAAAACAGGGAUGGAAAUACUCCUUUGGAUCUUGUUAAAGAUGGAGAUACAGAUAUUCAAGAUCUGCUUAGAGGAGAUGCAGCUUUGCUAGAUGCUGCUAAGAAGGGUUGUUUAGCCAGAGUGAAGAAGUUGUCUUCUCCUGAUAAUGUAAAUUGCCGUGAUACCCAAGGCAGACACUCAACACCUUUACAUUUAGCAGCUGGUUAUAAUAAUUUAGAAGUUGCAGAGUAUUUGUUACAACACGGAGCUGAUGUGAAUGCCCAAGACAAAGGAGGACUUAUUCCUUUACAUAAUGCAGCAUCUUACGGGCAUGUAGAUGUAGCAGCUCUACUAAUAAAGUAUAAUGCAUGUGUCAAUGCCACGGACAAAUGGGCUUUCACACCUUUGCAUGAAGCAGCCCAAAAGGGACGAACACAGCUUUGUGCUUUGUUGCUAGCCCAUGGAGCUGACCCGACUCUUAAAAACCAGGAAGGACAAACACCUUUAGAUUUAGUUUCAGCGGAUGAUGUCAGCGCUCUUCUGACAGCAGCCAUGCCCCCAUCUGCUCUGCCCUCUUGUUACAAGCCUCAAGUGCUCAAUGGUGUGAGAAGCCCAGGAGCCACUGCAGAUGCUCUCUCUUCAGGUCCAUCUAGCCCAUCAAGCCUUUCUGCAGCCAGCAGUCUUGACAACUUAUCUGGGAGUUUUUCAGAACUGUCUUCAGUAGUUAGUUCAAGUGGAACAGAGGGUGCUUCCAGUUUGGAGAAAAAGGAGGUUCCAGGAGUAGAUUUUAGCAUAAUUCAAUUCGUGAGGAAUCUUGGACUUGAGCACCUAAUGGAUAUAUUUGAGAGAGAACAGAUCACUUUGGAUGUAUUAGUUGAGAUGGGGCACAAGGAGCUGAAGGAGAUUGGAAUCAAUGCUUAUGGACAUAGGCACAAACUAAUUAAAGGAGUUGAGAGACUUAUAUCCGGACAACAAGGUCUUAACCCUUAUUUAACUUUGAACACUUCUGGUAGUGGAACAAUUCUUAUAGAUCUGUCUCCUGAUGAUAAAGAGUUUCAGUCUGUGGAGGAAGAGAUGCAAAGUACAGUUCGAGAGCACAGAGAUGGAGGUCAUGCAGGUGGAAUCUUCAACAGAUACAAUAUUCUCAAGAUUCAGAAGGUUUGUAACAAGAAACUAUGGGAAAGAUAUACUCACCGGAGAAAAGAAGUUUCUGAAGAAAACCACAACCAUGCCAAUGAACGAAUGCUAUUUCAUGGGUCUCCUUUUGUGAAUGCAAUUAUCCACAAAGGCUUUGAUGAAAGGCAUGCGUACAUAGGUGGUAUGUUUGGAGCUGGCAUUUAUUUUGCUGAAAACUCUUCCAAAAGCAAUCAAUAUGUAUAUGGAAUUGGAGGAGGUACUGGGUGUCCAGUUCACAAAGACAGAUCUUGUUACAUUUGCCACAGGCAGCUGCUCUUUUGCCGGGUAACCUUGGGAAAGUCUUUUCUGCAGUUCAGUGCAAUGAAAAUGGCACAUUCUCCUCCAGGUCACCACUCAGUCACUGGUAGGCCCAGUGUAAAUGGCCUAGCAUUAGCUGAAUAUGUUAUUUAUAGAGGAGAACAGGCUUAUCCUGAGUAUUUAAUUACUUACCAGAUUAUGAGGCCUGAAGGUAUGGUCGAUGGAUAAAUAGUUAUUUUAAGAAGCUAAUUCCACUGAAGCUAAAAUCAUCAAAGCAGCAGUGGCCUCUACGAAUUACUCCUUUGCUAAAAAAAAAAUCUUGCCCAUAGGCCUGUGGCAAAAGGAUAAAAAUGUGAACGAAGUUUAACAUUCUGACUUGAUAAAGCUUUAAUGAUGUACAGUGUUUUCUAAAUAUUUCCUGUUUUUUCAGCACUUUAACAGAUGCCAUUCCAGGUUAAACUGGGUUGUCUGUACUAAAUUAAAAACAGAGUUAACUUGAACCUUUUAUAUGUUAUGCAUUGAUUCUAACAAACUGUAAUGCCCUCAACAGAACUCAUUUUACUAAUACAAUACUGUGUUCUUUAAAACACAGCAUUUACACUGAAUACAAUUUCAUUUGUAAAACUGUAAAUAAGAGCUUUUGUACUAGCCCAAUAUUUAUUUACAUUGCUUUGUAAUAUAAAUCUGUUUUAGAACUGCAGCGGUUUACAAAAUUUUUUCAUAUGUAUAGUUCAUCUGUACUUCAUCUUACAUCGUCAUGAUUGAGUGAUCUUUACAUUUGAUUCCAGAGGCUAUGUUGAGUUGUUAGUUGGGAAAGAUUGAGUUAUCAGAUUUCAUUUGCCGAUGGGAGCCUUUAUCUGUCAUUAGAAAUCUUUCUCAUUUAAGAACUUAUGAAUAUGGUGAAGAUUUAAUUUGUGAUACCUUUGUAUGUAUAAGACACAUUCCAAAGAGCUCUAACUAUGAUAGAUCCUGAUUACUAAAGAAGCUUCUUUACUGGCCUCAAUUUCUAGCUUUCAUGUUGGAAAAUUUUCUAAAGUCAUUCUGUGAAAAUUAGAGCAAAGUGCUCCUGUUUUUUAGAGAAACUAAAUCUUGCUGUUGAACAAUUACUGUGUUCUUUUCAUGGAACGUAAGUAGGAUGUUACAUUUCCAGGGUGGGAAGGGUAAUCCUAAAUCAUUUCCCAGUCUAUUUUAAUUACCUUAAAUCUAAAGGGAAAAAAAAAAAAUCACAAACAGGACUGGGUAGUUUUUUAUCCUAAGUAUAUUUUUUCUUGUUCUUUUUACUUGGUUUUAUUGCUGUGUUUAUAGCCAAUCUAUACAUCAUGGGUAAACUUAACCCAGAACUAUAAAAUGUAGUUGUCUCAAUCCCCUCCAGGCCUCCUGAAUGGGCAAGUGCAGUGAAACAGGUGCUUCUUGCUCCUGGGUUUUCUCUCCAUGAUGUUAUGCCCAGUUGGAAAUAUGCUCUCAGUUUGUGCACUAUAUGGUGACCAGGCCUGUGUUCAGUUUGGCAGCUGUAGAAGGAAAUGCUGUCCCAUAAAAUGCCAUUCCUAUUUUCUAAUAUAACACUCUUUUCCAGGAAGCAUGCUUAAGCAUCUUGUUACAGAGACAUACAUCCAUUGUGGCUUGGCAGUCUCUUUUGUUUGUUGACUUGAGCUCCCUUCAAAGUCGAGGAAAGAUCUUUACUCACUUAUUGAGGACAUUCCCCAUCACUGUCUGUACCAGUUCACCUUUAUUUUACGUUUUAUUCAGUCUGUAAAUUAACUGGCCCUUUGCAGUAACUUGUACAUAAAGUGCUAGAAAAUCAUGUUCCUUGUCCUGAGUAAGAGUUAAUCAGAGUAAAUACAUUUCUGGAGUUGUUUCUGUGAUGUAAAUUAUGAUCAUUAUUUAAGAAGUCAAAUCCUGAUCUUGAAGUGCUUUUUAUACAGUUCACUAAUAAUUACAAAUAUCCUAAAGUCAUUUCUUGGAACACAAGUGGAGUAUGCCAAAUUUUAUAUGAAUUUUUCAGAUUAUCUAAGCUUCCAGGUUUUAUAUAAUUAGAAGAUAAUGAGAGAAUUAAUGGGGUUUAUAUUUACAUUCUCUCUCAACUAUGUAGCCCAUAUUACUCACCCUAUGAGUGAAUCUGGAAUUGCUUUUCAUGUGAAAUCAUUGUGGUCUAUGAGUUUACAAUACUGUAAACUGUGUUAUUUUAUCUAAUCCAUUGCUUAAUGAGUGUGUUUUUCCAUGAAUGAAUAUACCGUGGUUCAUAUGUUAGCAUGGCAGUAUUUUCAGAUAGCUUUUUGUUUGUUGGGAAGUUGGGGUUUUGGGGGGAGGGGGCGUAUUAGUAUGUUGCAUGAAAUAGCUUACUUUAUAAUGAUGGAAUUGGUUUUUCUUUUGUCUUGUGAUUUUUUUUUUUUUGAAGUGAAAUUUAACUUUCUGUGCAAGUAGUACUAUUAUACCCAUCUUCAGUGUCUUACUUGUACUGUAUCACAUUCCAUACUCUCAUUUAAUUCUUAAUAAAACUGUUCACUUGUU